GUUACUUUCUCUUUACUGCUCACAUGACAAGUUUUGUUGACAGCUACGAACUUUCUUUUUCCUGUAUUUGUGACAAGAUGACUGAGAGAAAUCAACAAAGAUGAAGCAUUUAAUUGGUUACGUUUUUUCUACUGUGUUAUUUUACACGGUUUUGUACAUUCCUGUCUCAACCGGUGUCUUUCAAGAUGGGUACACUUCAGACUUGGAGCUCAACUGCACUGACUUUCACCCCAACAACUGUACAGAGUGUCAUCCUGGCACUUUUGCCAAUGAAACUACAACUGACUGUGGGUGUUGUAAGGAGGGAUUUGGUUACUGUGUGACGGAAACUGAGUGUUCACCAUGUAGUACUGGUCACUGCCAAGCCAAGACUGGACAGAAGUCAUGUGACCCAUGUCAGAAAGGAACAUUCCAGGAUGAAAUGGGUCAGCCCAACUGUACAGAAUGCUUACCUGGGACAUAUGCUAAUGAAACUGGUGCAGUAUCAUGCUUGCAGUGUAAAUCAGGUUUCUUUGCCAAUUCCAGUGGUUCAGUUAAUUGUUCACAGUGCAAGGAGGGGUCGUAUCAGAACAGAACUGGCCAGACAGACUGCGACAUCUGUGAUGCUGGGUCAUACUGCAAUGUCACUGGAUGUAGCUUUUGUCAACCGUGUCCAUCUGGCAGAUAUGGAAAUGACACUGGCAUGGUGAACUGCCACAAAUGUGAAACAGGAUCUUAUCAGCCUAAAACUGGAGAGCUGGAUUGUCUCCCUUGUGAAGAAGGUUUUGAGACAAGGAAGCCAGGUUUGAGCCGUUGCACCGGGUGUUUACCGGGAUCGUUUAAAAACACAACAAGCACUCAGCUGUGUGAGCCAUGUCCAGCAGGAUCAGCUGCAGAGUUUGAGAACUCCACCGAGUGUUCCCUGUGUGAGCGAGGUUCCUAUCAGGAGAUUGAAGGUCAAGCCAAGUGUCACCCCUGUCCUUCUGGCUACUACUGCAAUAAAGCUGGAUGUAAAUCCUGUCUGCCAUGUUCUCCUGGCCAGGAGACUCGGAAAAUGGGGUCCAAUAAUUGUACAGAGUGUGAUCCAGGUACAGCUAAUGCUGAUGAUGGUGGAAAGUGUAAACCAUGUUCUCGUGGUUACUUUACAACACUGGAAGGAUCAACAAAGUGCACAGAAUGUCCUGCAGGAUUCUAUUGUCCUCAAGCUGACAAACCCCCUCAGAACUGCCCUCCCCACAGCUACUGCCCUAAAGGCAGCUUCACACCACACACAUGUGAACCUCCUCUGUGGACGGUGGACCAUAAGGAACACAUCUGUAAACCAACUGAGGAACUCAUUGCCAUCAUCGCUGGAGUUAGUGUGGUUUUUGCUGUAGUAGUUGUGAUUCUGGGAAUAAACUGGUACAGAUAUUUGAAGAGAAAACGUAAUAAGGAGGCAGAAGAAACCACCCGGCUUACGUCGUCACAGACGCCAGAAUACUCAGGCUUAUAGAACAUAAUCACUUUAUGUAUCUCAAUCACUGUGCAAUAUUUUUUUCUUCAGGCUGCUGGAGAAUUCCGACUGUCAGUCAGUAUAAAGACACUGUUCCUAAUUGUCAGAUGAUAUACAUACAGUCUGUGUGGAGUUUUAUCAUUAUAUUAUACAUUAUUUAAAACAGAUUUGAUUAAUUAUCAAUUUUGGCAAUCUAGUGUGUUUCUGAAAUGGUGAAUAUACUAUUUGUACAACUUUUCAAUUGGACCUGCUCAGGUAUUGGUAUGAAGUACAUGAUUUAAAAAAUAAAAUAAUAAUAAUAAAAAAUUUAAACUAAAUAAGGUGACCUUUUAAAGUCUGCCAUAAGGAUACAUCUCUAGUCAUUGCUGUCGGACUUACGGUAGUAUCAAUCCAUUGCCACUAGGCUAGACAUUUUUCAGAACUGCCAAACCGAGAUUAAACAGUAACAUUUCAUUUCGACUUAUUUUCAUUAAGGUUCAAGCAUGCUGUCCUGGGCACAUACCUUAGCUAUCUGGGCUGUCUGUCCAGGACAGUGGGUUAGUUGUUAGUUCAUUAGUGGUACCGUUAGUGAGGAAGAAGAAGGUGUAGUGGCCUUACACCUACCCACUGAGCCCUUAAGAACUCCCUCUGGGUUGGAGCCGGUACUGGGCUGCGAACCCUGUACCUAGCAGCCUGUAGUCCGAUGCAACCGAUGCCGGUACACAAUAGCACCAUUCUUGGUGAAAAAGCUAUCAAAGUAUUACACUCCAAUUAAAAGAAAGGACCCAGAGCUUGUACCUGGUUACAAUCAUCAUCCUGUGUCAAUAGAAAUGUUGUUACAAGCAACAUCUUUGUAUGGAGUCCUAUCAGUGUCAAGUGUCCAAGUCUGAACAUGUUGGUAAGAGGCUUUUGUGAAAUAAAAACUGCUUUGAAAGAACAUAAAAUGUACUGAAAUAAUCCAUAAAAUUUAAUGUAUAUUAUUAUUUUUAUUAUUCCUUUCUUUUCUUUUUUCUCCAAAACCCCAACAAAAUUGGCUAUAAAUGGUUUUAUUGUAAUUGAGUACUACUUAACUUUGUAAAGGCUGGAUGCUACUCGGUUCACUCCCAGACAUCAGCUCUCACCCAGAGUGAGUUAUAGUGGUUUAAUGGGAAAAGGGUAGUGGGGAGCAGAAGGCCACUACACCGACUUCUCAAUCAUUAACCACUAAUAACUCGCUAUUAACUCCAGACAUCCCAGAUAACUGAGGUGUGUUCCAAGAACAGCUUGCUUAAACGUUAAUUGGAUAUAAGCAUAAAAAUCUAUAAUAAAUGCAGUAUAAUUGGGUCUAACCAUUCAGUCAUCAACAUGUAAGUGUAACCUGGGACUUAUGUUAUUUGGAGUGUUGCAGUAUAUUCGACCCUUUGAGUUCGACCCAACGAGAUUUUACUGUAAAUACUUUUUAAAAAUUAAUUUAAUUUGUAUAAUUACUGUAUGGUUCAGAAUCAUUUAUUUAACAACAACAGUUGUAAUAAUGAACAAAUUAUUUUAAAUUAUCUUAUUUGUAUGCAUUAAUGCAGUUAAUUAUAGUCGUUGCUCAAUUUGUAGUACCGGUAUUAAUUUGUAGAGUACUUGGCGUGUUUGAAAAAACCCAACUUUUUGUUAAUAAAUGUUAGCCCAGAACUGAAUUUAGUAUAGGGCCUAAUCUUCUUCUUUUUUCCUUUUGACAACAAUUGUUAUGUAACUGUACGUCUGUGAUAGGUAUUUUUGUAUAAAAUUGAGGAUUCACAUGGAGGCUGUGGUUUAAUGUAAACAUUUCCUCCUUUAUGGAAAACAUGUCUGUUUGGUUACCCAUGUUUUGAUAAUAUAGAAUGUUUCUUGUAUUUGUAGUAAUUGAUUGAUAUUAUUGUUUAUAUUUAUAAUUAUGUGUGUAUGUUUUAUGGCGUUCAAAUGUUCUGUAAUGUCCGGAACCAUGGGCUUUCAGAUAUGAUGCAUAUAUUCUAAUGUGAUCAAAUUUGUAAUAUUUUAUAUCAUUAUUAUUCCUAAUAAAUGGUGCUGUAAAUA